UUGGAAACAUGGCAGAAGAGAGGGAAGCCCCAAAGGAGAUCAAGUUUGCAGAUCUAGUUGUUGAUCUAAGUUUCCACCCUCAGAAAGAUGUUUUAGCAGCAGGUCUUAUUGAUGGAGAGGUGAAAAUUUGCUCCUAUUCUACCACAGAGGAGAACCAUGAGCUGAUGACGUUCACCCACCACAAAAAGGCAUGUCGAUGUGUGAAGUUUUCUCCAUCAGGUGACCAGCUGAUCACUACCUCCAAGGACAAGUCCCUCCAUGUUAUAGACACCAGCACAGGAGCUGUGGUCAGGAGUGUGCAGAAAGCUCAUGACUCUCCACCAUACAGCAUGCUGGUCAUAGAUGAGAACCAAGUAGCCACUGGGGACGAUGAUGGCACCAUUAAGUUAUGGGACAGAAGGCAAGAUAAAGCUAUCAUGGAGCUGAAAGAGUGUGAGGAAUUUAUCAGUGACAUGGUAAUAGAUGAUCAGAGGAAGAUUUUGGUUGCAUCAAGUGGUGAGGGCACAUUAACAGCAUUUCAUAUAAAGAAGAAAAAGAUGGAGCUUCAGUCAGAGUUGUUUGAAUCAGAGAUGCUGUCACUGGCAGUUGUCAAGGGAGGCAGCAAACUCCUAUGUGGUGAUGGUGAAGGGGUGUUAAACUUCUUUAAUUGGGGUCAGUGGGGAAAUAUAAGUGACAGGUUCCCUGGUCAUCCAAUGUCCAUAGACUGUAUGGUAGCCAUUAGUGAUGACAUUGUAUGUACGGGGUCCAUGGAUGGCAUUGUAAGGGCAGUGCAUAUCUUGCCUAACAGGUUCCUAGGCAGUGUGGGGCAGCAUGAUGAGUUUCCAGUAGAAAACCUGAGUCUUUCUAGGGAUGGCACUUUUCUGGCCAGCUGCUCACAUGAUCAGAAAAUCAAAUUUUGGAACAUCACAGAUGUGAAGGAUGAGAAGGUUGACAUUUCUAAGAAAGCCAAAAAGAGUAACAAACCUAAGACUUUGAAUAAAGCAGCACAGAAAAAUGACUUCUUUGCAGAUUUGGCAGAACCUUCGUCAUCUUCUGCUGCACCAUCUGCUGGUACAGAAGAUUCUGGAGUUGAAGACUCUGAUUUAGAUGAUGAUGAGGAUGAUGAUGAUGAUGAUGAUGAAUAAUCAUAGACAGGAAGAAUUUUCUAUCAUUCUCAUUUGGCAAUUUUAUAUGCUUACAGAAAUUCUAUGUGAAAUUUUCAACAAGGCAGCAAAGCUGUCAAAUGUACAGACAAAAAACAGAAAAUAAAGAUGCAAUAAUA